UCAACACAAUUGGCAUCAUUCGAUUCGCUUCACAGCAAGAAAAAUGAAGUACUUGAUUCUCUGUGCCAUUGUUGCUAUUGCAAGAGCUGCAGUUUUAGUUGCUCCUGCUGCAGGAAUUUUGGAAACUGGUGCUAGUGUGCAACAUAGAAACCAAGAUGCUUUUGGCAACUACAACUUUGGUUAUAACGAAGAUCAUACCACAGGAGGUACCUUCAGAAGAGAAGCAGGAGAUGCUUUAGGAAACAAAGUUGGUUCUUAUGGCUUGAGAGAUGCUGAUGGACGUCUUCGCAUCGUUAGCUACGUAGCCGAUGCUGCAGGUUUCAGAGCCAACAUCCAGACUAACGAACCCGGAACCGAACCCAAAGACCCAGCAGCAACUCUUAUCAAUAAGGGUGUAGCCGCUGCUCCAGCUGUUGCAGCACCAAUAGCACCAGCAGUCGCAUACGCAGCAACACCAGUUGUAGCACACGCACCCGUUGCAGCUGCACCACUCUUAAAUUAUGGCUAUUAUACCGGUCACGUAGCUGCUCCUUAUUGGUAA